AUGGCGGAUUCCUUGUGCCCAACUCUGGCCACGUCGUGGAAUAUGGCGGAUUCCUUGUGCCCAACACUGGCCACGCCGUGGAAUAUGGCGGAUUCCUUGUGCCCAACUCUGGCCACGCCGUGGAAUAUGGCUGAUUCCUUGUGCCCAACACUGGCAACGUCGUGGAAUAUGGCUGAUUCCUUGUGCCCAACUCUGGCCACGCCGUGGAAUAUGGCUGAUUCCUUGUGCCCAACUCUGGCCACGUCGUGGAAUAUGGCGGAUUCCUUGUGCCCAACACUGGCCACGCCGUGGAAUAUGGCGGAUUCCUUGUGCCCAACUCUGGCGACGCCGUGGAAUAUGGCUGAUUCCUUGUGCCCAACACUGGCCACGCCGUGGAAUAUUGCUGAUUCCUUGUGCCCAACACUGGCCACGCCGUGGAAUAUUGCUGAUUCCUUGUGCCCAACACUGGCCACGUCGUGGAAUAUGGCGGAUUCCUUGUGCCCAACUCUGGCCACAUCGUGGAAUAUGGCGGAUUCCUUGUGCCCAACACUGGCCACGCCGUGGAAUAUGGCGGAUUCCUUGUGCCCAACUCUGGCCACGCCGUGGAAUAUGGCUGAUUCCUUGUGCCCAACACUGGCAACGUCGUGGAAUAUGGCUGAUUCCUUGUGCCCAACACUGGCCACAUCGUGGAAUAUGGCGGAUUCCUUGUGCCCAACUCUGACCACGUCGUGGAAUAUGGCGGAUUCCUUGUGCCCAACACUGGCCACGCCGUGGAAUAUGGCGGAUUCCUUGUGCCCAACUCUGGCCACGCCGUGGAAUAUGGCUGAUUCCUUGUGCCCAACACUGGCAACGUCGUGGAAUAUGGCUGAUUCCUUGUGCCCAACUCUGGCCACGCCGUGGAAUAUGGCUGAUUCCUUGUGCCCAACUCUGGCCACGUCGUGGAAUAUGGCGGAUUCCUUGCGCCCAACUCUGGCCACGCCGUGGAAUAUGGCUGAUUUCUUGUGCCCAACUCUGGCCACGCCGUGGAAUAUGGCUGAUUCCUCUAUGUCCGUGAAAAGUUGCAGACUUUACAAAACUAAAUGCACUACAGAUUUUAAGACUACUUAA